AUGAUGCCAUGGCUUAAUCAAGUAAUACAAACCCGGCUUGCCGAAGCGUUCUGUUAUACGUCCAGUACAAAUAAGUAGAAGAGAUAUCGCUUCAAUUCUCAACAUAUUGAACAGCUCACAUCGCACCAAAUACACUCUAAACAUGGCGCAAACCAAUCUACCAAGUUACUACGCUCGGGGCCACUCCGAUUACACCAUCGCAACGCAUCUAAGACGCAGGGCUGAGUCAGAUGCCGCCUUCCUCUUGCCUUACAUCAAGCCGACGGACCAUAUUCUUGAUGUUGGCUGCGGGCCUGGUACCAUCACUACAAGCUUUGCUAAAUAUGCUAGCGAGGGCACGAUAGUCGGCAUCGAUAUCUCGAAGGACGUGCUGCAAAAGGCAAAGACCUUGGCAGCCGAAGCAAAUAUUCCCACCCAGGGACCCGGCUCUGUUGUCUUUGAAGAGGGCAAUGCUGUAGAUGGACUCGCCUAUCCCGAUAACACAUUCGAUAUUGUCUUUGCCUCUCAGGUCAUCGGGCAUAUGCCAGCGCCAGACACUCCCCUCCAGGCGUUGACUGAGAUGCGGCGCGUCCUGAAGCCUGGCGGUAUCUUGGCCACGCGCGAUGGCAUGAACCACCACUUUUAUCCGCAGAGCCUCAAUCUCGAUCAGCUCUGGGGAGCAAACCAAUUUCGGGCAUCACGAAAGGGUGUUCCUGAAACAGAUUCAACAGCAGCAAUGAUGCCGAACCUCCUUCGCAAAGCCGGUUUCGACACUGACGGCGGCAAAGUCCGUGUUGGCGCUGGAGUUUCAGUGCACUCGGAAGCAGAAACACGCAAAAGGAUGCUCUGGCGCGCUAAAGGCCAGCUGCAAAAGGGGGAUCCAUUCUAUCAGAGCUGGGUGGAUGCAGGAAUCAGUGAAGACGAGAUUCAGCAGACCCUGGAUGCCGUGGAAAAGUGGUCCGAGGCUGAAGAUGCCUGGCUUGUUAUUCUGCAGAGCGAGAUGCUCGCAUGGAAGAAGGAAUGUGAACACGGUUCGUAGAAUUAGACUAAAAUGAAGCAAUAAGUUAAGUCAUCUAAAGGCUUGAUUAUAUUUCCUCACACCGUUUUAGGGAUUUAGAGAUCAGG